AUGGAGAAACUUGAAUGGCGAGAAGCUUUUAACAAGCAACCAGCUUUCUAUUUAUUUUUAGAUCGCACUGUACCUAUGACGAUAGAUUAUAUUAAUAUUAUAUGUCAAGUAUUACAAAAUACGAUUACUUUAUCAAAUAAUUUGAAGAAUUCUUCUCGUUUUCGUGUUUUAGGCAUUUAUACUUUAUCUCAAAGGAGUAAGUGUAUUUUUCCGAUGCAAUCGAUUAAAAUAAAUUUGACGAAGUUUUUAUUUUCUAUGGAAGGUCUGAAAGCAGUUCAUGGUAUUCUUACUGUUGAUGAAACUUUCGAGCGGGAUGAGUUAUUAGAAAACCUCCAAGAUGCUGUUCGACAGUAUGAAACUUAUUUUCAAGGUGCUUUACAAAAUAAAGAAGAAUGGCCUCAACUUCAACUGGUUUUUAUUUCGGCGCAGCCGACCAACGAGUUCGUGAAAAUCAUCGAGUCAACAUUGCCUGGGAUUCAGCUGGCUUACAUCUAUAAAGCACAUAUCGAGGCCAAUGCUUUUCAGUUGGAAAGCAUAAUGAAAAGUUGGUUGAGAGACUUCAGCACAGAUUCUGACCAUUUGCGGUUGAGUGUUAGCAACAUCACUCUGCGCUGCGACGUCCACGAGUGCCUUCUGAGUGCAGAAACUUUGCCAUCUAGUGGGCAAUUCUUCUUGUCCUCUGACGGAGGAACUUCCCAAAAUGUUGUCCGUCCAAAUACGAUGGUUAAACCGCAAUGUACGUCUAAAGUCCCCGUGUACACACUAGAAGCAGUGAGUUUGGUGAAGAAAGAAGGUAUGUGCGAGUCGUUGCUAUUCGGAUAUCCGCUUAUUGUGACGGCAACUAGAUGCUGGAAGAUGGAUUGGGAGGAACUUGAACGCAAUCAACAUAAUUUCGCAGCAGUUACCCGAUAUCUGUAUGAAAAAGACUUGGUAUUAUUGGCAAAAAGGCAAGCAUCUCAAAUCGUGACUCCUGAAAAAGUGUUACCUACUGGAUUUUUUGCCUUCUUCCCCACAAAAAAUGCCUUACUCGUGAAAUCCGUCGCUGUCAACGAAUUGUUGCUUCCUGUGCAACAAUUACCAGAACGAGAAGUGCCUGCAGAUUUGGAAAUAGAGGUUCGCAAAUGUCUGGAGAGCCUGGACGAAAGAUUGCUGUUUAAUCCUCUUUCAAUCACAUCAGGCCUUUAUGCAUACUUGUCAACUUCCACAGCUAAUCGUAGGACUAGACCUUCAUCCAGUUUUGUAACCCCAGUUACAGCUCCAGAUGAAGACAAAACUGGAGCUAAGAAGAAGAAAAGAUGUUGUGUAACUCCAGUGGCGGAAGUAUCUUCUCGUAAACGAAGUGAACCGGCCUCUGGUACUGAAUUCUUGACGGCGUCUGCUUUGUUGAAGAAAAAGUUCACUGAUGAUUUUGAAUGA